CGCCAAAAGACACGGACCGAUCAGACACAGCUGAGAAACAAUAUCCUCCCAUCCAGUUGCAUUUUUUUUUUGGUUUUGCUUUUUGGGGAGUGAAAUGCGUCAAGAACAAGAAGAAGUGAUAUUGUUGGACUUCUGGGCGAGCAGGGUUGGCAUGAGAGUAAGAAUUGCUCUGGCCGAGAAGGAGAUCAAGUAUGAGUACAGAGAAGAGGACCUCACGAACAAGAGCGACCUGCUUCUCAAGAUGAACCCGGUUCACAAGAAGAUCCCGGUUCUCAUCCACAACGGCAAGCCGGUCUGCGAGUCCGCCAUCGCAGUGGAGUAUAUUGAUGAAGUUUGGAAGGACAAAGCCCCUCUGCUCCCAUCUGAUCCUUAUCAGAAAUCCCAGGCUAAGUUCUGGGCCGACUACAUUAACAAGCAGGUCUAUGAAGCUGCUAAGAAAACAUGGACUUUAAAGGGAGAAGAACAAGAAGCAGGCAAGAAGGAGUUCAUAGAUGUCAUAAAGGUGCUGGAAGGAGAACUGGGAGAGAAGGCAUACUUUGGGGGUGAAAAUUUUGGGUUUGUGGAUAUUUGCCUCAUUGGAUUCUACAGCUGGUUUUAUGUGUUUGAGAGCUUUGGCAAUUUCAGCAUAGAAGCUGAGUGUCCCAAGUUGAUUGGAUGGGCUAAGAGGUGCAUGGAGAGGGAGAGUGUCUCCAAGACUCUUCCUGAUCCUCACAAAGUGUAUGAGUUUGCCAAGAUAAGGAGGGAGAAGAUGGGGAUUGCUUAAACACUACUUAUCAACUAAUAUUUCAUCAAUAAAUAAAUAUGCUCAAUUUACUUGGGCUCAAAUCCAAUCUUUGCUAGUUUGGAGGUGUUGUGAAUGCAUCUUGAGGUUUAUGUGUCUCUUUGCAGGAGGUGGUGUGGUUGGAGUCUUAUGUGUAGCAAGGACACUUGGUUGUGUCUUGCUAGAUACUUGUUGGAUUAAUAGACUUCGGUCAAAUGAAAAAUUCCACUAAUGUGAGAAAUGAGAAUGAAUUUCAAUCGUUAGAUUUAGUAUAUUGCGCUAAAAAUAGCUUUGUAUUGUAGUAGGAUUUAAUUUAUACAAUGUACGUUGUACUGGAACAGAUUUAUGUUGCACUAGAAUUUGAAGAUAAUGCAUCAAAACAACUUCAUGUUGCACUAGACAAUUGUAAAACGGAUUUUUAGAAGUAUUUAUGAAAAUUUCAUCGUGUUAAAUUGCAUA